AUGCUUCAAGAGGAGCCGCGAAUUGACGGUAUGACAAAGAAAGGCAAAAAGCCAAACAUCAACGGUGCUGUCAAGCUGAACGAAGUCUACUUUAACUAUCCAGAAAGGCCAGAUGUACCCAUUCUUCAAGGGCUCAAUAUCGAUAUUAAACCCGGCGAAACCCUAGCUUUGGUUGGGCCUAGUGGUUGUGGAAAAUCAACUGUUAUAUCGUUACUCGAAAGGCUUUACGAUGCGCUGGACGGCUCUGUUGAAAUUGAUGGCAACGAUCUACGCGAAGUGAACCCUACUCAUCUGCGUGCCCAUAUAGCAUUGGUAUCACAAGAACCGAUUCUUUUCGACAGAUCCAUCCAUGACAACAUCGUCUACGGUCUACCACCAGGAUCCGUUAGUGAUGCCGAAGUGCAUGAAGUCGCACAGCUUGCCAACAUUCACAAAUUUAUCUCGGAACUGCCUGAAGGCUACAACACUCGAGCAGGUGAAAAAGGAACUCAACUAUCUGGUGGACAGAAACAACGGAUAGCCAUUGCACGUGCGCUCAUCAGGAACCCGAAAAUCCUACUUCUUGACGAAGCCACCAGUGCGUUGGAUACUGAAAGCGAAAAGGUGGUACAAGAGGCACUCGACAAGGCAUCAGAGGGUCGAACAUGUAUCAUCGUGGCCCACCGGCUUUCGACUGUCGUCAAUGCCAACUGCAUAAUGGUGGUCAAAGGAGGAAAAGUAGUUGAAAAAGGAACUCACAGCGAGUUAAUGCAAGCCAAAGGUGCAUAUUGGGCCCUAACACAGAAACAAACUAUGGCCAAGGAAUAA